CCGCGAGGAAAUCAGAAUCAGGAAAAAACCGGAAAGCAGCAUCAUCAGCUACAGUUCCCCACUCAUCCCUUGGAAUAAAAGCUGAUCAUAAGAAUACAAGAUCCACCUCGAUUCUCUCUCCGCCCUCCUCCUCCUCCUCCUCCUCCUCAGCCGCCGCUGCCACCACAGCCACCGUCUCUCUCUCUUCCUCAUCCAAUCUUGAGAGAGAUAGAGAUAAGUGUGGGGGAGACGGGGAUUCUUGGAAAAAGUUAGGCAGAUUUUCUGGAUCAGGAACACGAUUUGUGAAGUGGGUGUCUCAAAUUUCGUGGAAAAAGGAAGGGAGAGAAACGACCCAAGAAUGAGGGAAGACGACUCGAAUUGGUUCUCCAAAUGGGAAGAAGAGCUGCCACCACCUGAAGAGCUCAUGCCCCUCUCUCAAACCCUAAUCACUCCCGAUCUCGCUCUCGCCUUUGACAUCAGAACGCCUCCUCCCCACAACCUCCCCUCCACCACCAGCCCUCAGUGCCACCCACCCACCACCCCGCCAAACCCCUCCAGCCACCUCGCUCCGCCGGGCUCCGCCACCAAGCCCUGCUCCGCCGAGUUCGCCGACUCCAGCGAGCUUGGCCCCGGCUCGGGUGGGGACGAGCCGGCCCGCACCCUCAAGCGGCCGCGCCUUGUCUGGACACCGCAGCUCCACAAGCGGUUCGUCGAUGCGGUGGCCCACCUGGGGAUCAAGAACGCCGUGCCCAAGACCAUCAUGCAGUUGAUGAGUGUGGAUGGGUUGACCCGGGAGAAUGUGGCCAGCCACUUGCAAAAGUACCGCCUUUACCUGAAGCGCAUGCAGGGAUUAUCCGUGGGCGGCGGCGGGGGUGGGGGCGGCGGCCUGUCCGCCUCGUCGGAUCCUGCCACCGAUCAUCUGUUUGCGAGCUCGCCUGUGCCGCCACAUUUCUUGCAUCAGGUCCGACCCAGCUCGGACCAUUUCUUGCCGUUUGUGCCGGUCGCUGCGCUGCAACACCACCAGAUGGCAGCCGCGGCUGGCCACCCGCAGCUGCAACCGCAGUAUCACAGGCAGGUGGGGCAUUUCGGGGCGCCGCAGAAUGGGCAAUUCGAGCAUCCUUUCUUGUCGAGGCAACCGCCACCGAUUCAUAGGAUGGGAGCACCGAUGCACAAUCCAGUUCAGCCUUAUGUGGAGGACUUGGAAUCUGAUAAUGCAAACGGUGGCAGGAAAGUUCUCACUCUCUUCCCAACUGGGGAUGAUUGAACUUGGGGAGUAGUUGCAGUUUUUUCUUUGAUUUUGCUGUUUUCUUACUCUUGAUGAUCCUAUCUCUGUGUCUUGUGCAAUGUGGUGUCUGUAAUUUGUGGGUAACAACUGUUUAGAGUAUGGUGUAGGCGUUAGUUGCUCUAUGUUGUCCUAGUUGCUUUUAGUAAGUGAUGGUGAAAGCUUUGAGUGGAGCAAUUGGAUAUGGACUUCCACUAGAGCUUAAAUUGGCUUCGCCGAGAGCUCUCUGUCGCGUAAUUGACUGCACACCUACAUUGGAUGAGUGUGACCGGUGGGUAUUGUCGACUCGUGUCGUCCUUCAUGUGGGCUCCUACAUGUUUUGAGUAAACUGUUGGUACCAGUCUGUAUGUUCAAUAGAUCCUUUUUCUCUUCGAGACGUUGAUCAUCAUGUGAUGGUCGCUCUUGGCAAACAUCGACCACCAAUCCUGAAGUGUUGUGGAAGGUGGAAUUCGUCGGUCUAUCAUAGUUUUCAUUAGACUGCAGCUUGGAGAUGAGAUGAGUUCUUGUGCAAAUCAGAGCUUUUCCUCGGAGGAGGUAUUCUCGCUGGGGGGCAAACCGCCAGAUCUUGAAGCUUGCUGGUGACAACAAUAAUGCUGGCUAUCUCUGAUUUCUUGAAAUUCGAGGACAUUGAGCGGAAUCUUUUAUGCUUAAGUUUCCUCUACUUAGUCAUUGUUUAGAGUUGGAACUCUACUUUCUGUACAUUAACUCCAGGGAAGACUUUAAAAGCCCCACUUUGAGGGGAACUGUAACUGUUCAGAGAAGGGAUAUUAUUUAUAUGGAUGCAGAGUGUUGUAUGCCCAAUCAACUAUGGGACUAAAUGAUUUAGUCUGAA